UUUAUAUAAUUUUUGCAGUAAAACAUUUAAAUAAUUAAAUAAAAAUUCAGUUAAUAUAAUGGACUUAUUUUGCAAAUAACUUUGAAUAUCGAUUCAAAAAGUCCUGUAAAUAUUUUUCAAGCCUGUUCACAAAUAACAUAUUUUACAAAUACAGAAGUUUACAAAUAGAGUUCAGGUGCUUCAUUAAAAACUAUAGAUAAAAUGUUCUCGAGGAAGACAUUUUUAAAGAAAAUUUUUAUUAUUUUCAUUUUAUUUUUAUCAACAUUCAUAUUUUGGUCAAUUAUUACAGAUGAACUUAUAAAUCAGUCAAGUAUAAUUUGGUUAAAGGAGAGACAGUCAUUGAUGCAAAAAUAUUUUGAUCAUCGUAAAAAUUUUCCUAUAAAAAACACUCUUCCAGCCUGUGUCGUUCCGUUUCUAAAUGCAUUUAGCAGUGAAGUUUUACCUUUUAUGAAGAUUCGUAAGCUAGGAUGUCCAAUUAAACAAUAUGGCUCAAUUGACAACAAAGGUUUCUUCAAGAUCCUUUCAAGUAAAACAAUAUCAAAUGUGAAAUUGUUUUAUAUGUAUGGCAUCGAUAUUCUACAAAAUGAUUUCAUUAAAAAUUAUGGUGUAAAAUUUUCUGCGCCUAUUUAUCUUAGAUCUUUAGCAAACGGAGAUUAUUAUUAUAUGCUUGAAGAUGACUUUAUAAAAGUGGAGAUGUAUGUUGACAAUGUUUAUCACGUUGAGUUUCAUGCACAUAUAAGUAUUAAAACCCAAACUCUAUUAAAGAAUGCAGCAUUUAGUAAAAGUAAAGAAAUGGGUUUUGACAUUCAUUUCAUUAUGAUUGAUUUCCAAUCACAUGCUAAUGUUCAGAGACAGCUUUCUAAUUCUGUGCAAAAACUUUUGGCUGAUCAAAACACAGUAAUAUUGAAUGGUCAUACAAUGGUAUCUGAUAAUGUCGAAUCUCAAAUGGCUGCUUUGUUUACUGGUAGUUUGAAUGAAGCGCUAUUAGAAAGAAAUGAUCGACAUGGUUUUAAAUUCUCACUUUGUAACAAGUCGAUUUUCAACGAUUUUUACAAAGCCGGUUACAUUUCAUUGUUUAAUGGAGAUAGCAAGUUUAUAUUUGAUUGUUUAUCACAAUUUAAUAGUUCAUGGAAUACGCACCCAAUUUGGAUAAAAGAAAACAAUUUAAAAUCUUUUCCGAAAUGCGCUUCUUCUUACAGUAAUUAUAUAAUGAAAAUAUUUGCAGAGACAUUUGAAGAUAUUCCAAAAGUUUCGUUUUCUGCUUACACAGAGGACUUAAAAUCAGACAUCAAUAAUUUGCAAGCUAUAGAUGAAGAGAUUGUUGAAAUGAUUCAGUUCUAUAAAUCGAAUAAAAGGAUCGAUCGCACAAUACUUGUCAUUUUUAGUAACCAGGGUUUCGUUGAUUCUCAUUUCCUUCAAACGACUCAAGGAAAACUUGAGCGUAUAUUGCCGUUUUUCUCAAUUACUCUUCCACCUUUUUUCAAACAUGACUAUCCAACAAUGUUUUUUGCAUUAAAAAAUAAUGCUGAUAUUUUAACAACCCAUUUUGAUAUUUAUUUGACACUUCAACAUUUACUUUUAUAUCCUUUUCUUCCAAAGAAAUCAAUGGGUCAAAGUUUGUUCACAAGUAUUAAUUCCACAUUUAGAACAUGCACUACUUCUGGAAUUGAAGAACAAUUUUGUUCGUGCUUGGAGACAGAGUUUUCGCAUAAAACAAAUCUGAUUUUAAAUAAGGCAGCAUUAGCUGUUGUCAGUUAUGUAAAUAGCCAAUUACAAAAUAUAAAGAUGGUCAAUUCACUAUGUGCCACUCUCAGCCUUAGUGCAAUUUUGUUUGGAACUAGAAAAACCGUUAAUCAUAAGGUUUUAAGCUAUAAUCAUACAAAACAACAACGCGGUGAUUUAUGCGAGAAAUUCAAUGCAACUAUAUACUAUGAAGUUGGUCUCAGAGUUAUACCUGGAGAAGCAGAGUUUGAGGCCAAUGUCAGUAUUUUUCCUGAUGGUUUUAUUGCAGUGGAUCCAGAUGUAAAACGAAUAAAUCUAAUUAGGGACUUGCCAACAUGCAUCAUGGACGAGUUUCCCCAACUUAGAACAUAUUGCUAUUGCUUAGUUUCAUAAAUAUUUACAAAUUA